AUGACUGACAAUGCUGAUGGAUUAACAACAACGAUGAAAACAUUUUGUUUUAGUUCUGGUGAACUUAUAACUCUUGAAGAUGAUCAAAUUGAAAAAAUACCUUAUUUAAUUGCUCUCGUAUCUUCUGCUCAUAAUUUUCAAUCAGUAUGUGAUAAAAAUGGACAUUUUAAACUAGAUCCACUGAUUCAAUUUAAACAAUUUUCUUUUGCUAUUCAAUCACUUUCAUUUCAUUCAGUUCGACAAUUAUUUACUCAUUUGCCUAAAGCAAAUGAUAUCAUAUCUAUAAUUGCAUUGUUAGAUUUUCUUGGUAUUGGACCUCAAUCAGAUCCUUCAUUGAAACAUGUUGAUUCAACUUUCUUUUCAAAAGUUGUAUAUAGUCCUUUCUUAAACGAAGACUUACAAAUAAUUCGACUAUGGGAUAUUCAAAAUAUGGCUGUUCGAUUUGCUAUUGCAAUGGCUAAGGGAGAAUAUGAUUUUAAUAAUAGGGAAGUAAUCGAUCAAAUAUAUUGGUUUUUAAUGUUUAUUUUAAGUGCUUAUGAAUAUUUCGGACCUCGUCUUCGCCAUCAUGUAUAUGGAAUAGCUAAACAUUGGUUUUCUCUAUUCAAAAGUUCUCGAUUAAAAUGUCUCCGAAAACUUGUAUGCACAACAGAGAAAAAUCGAAGAGUUCGAUAUUGGAUUAAUGAUGGGGACGCUGAUCCUGAUGCAGAAACCGAAGACACUAUGGAACAGUUAUUUGCUAGUAAUAAAGUGGAAUGGUUCUAUAUGAGUCGCCAUCCAUCAUUGCAAAGGCGCCGUGACCUUCUUAAUCGAGCAAAUUCUGAUUAUUAUUCUGAUUAUUAUUCUGAAUGUUAUUGCUACCCUCAUCUAUUUGGGUGUUGGAGACCAAAACGUGAAGAGGAUAUUUUGGACAGGGCACGUAAACGUUUAAUAGAGAUUAUGUAUAUGCGUUUAGCAAGUCAAAUAUAUCAACAAAUAAGAGAAGCAAUACGUAAACGUCAAUUGAACUUCGAGCAACUAAAGAAUGUUGAAUCAAUAUUAGAAGAUUUCUUCAAAUGUAAACUCGUACAACAGGAAAUGCGUGAGUGUAUAUUAGAAUAA